AUGUGUAUGUACAUAUUCUCCUUUGCAAUUGUGUAUACAAUUGAGUUUCAGAAGCGCGGUCUCCCUCACACACAUAUUCUGUUGUUUCUACAUCAGGAUGACAAGUUUCCAACGGGAGAAGACAUAGACCGGAUCAUAAGUGCUGAGAUACCCAACAAGGUUAAUGAUCCAAUAUUUUACGAAGCAGCGAAAAAGCACGUGAUGCCUGGUCUAUGUGGUAGUAUUAGGAAAGAUUCACCAUACAUGAAAAAUGGUCAAUGCAUGAGGCACUUUCCUAAGAGAUUUGUUGUGAGUACUACGAUUGAUGAAGACAGUUAUUCGAUUUAUUGGUGUAGGGACGAUGGCAAAACAAUCACCAAAUCAGGUGUGGAACAUGACAAUCGAUAUGUCGUGCCUCACAAUAGGAAGUUAUUAUUGAAAUAUGGUGCUCAUAUAAAUGUUGAGUGGUGCCACGACCGUGUAACAACUUCAUUUUACAUAAGUGCCACAAGUGAUGCGGAUAAUGAUGAGUGUGAUGAAGUUAGUAUGUACUAUGAUUAUAGGUACAUAUCCCCGUGUGAAGCUGUAUGGAGAGUUCUCGGGUAUAGCAUUCAUUAUAUGAACCCUUCUGUGGUAAGGCUAGGCUUUCACCUUCCUGGUGAAAAACCAGUGAUAUUCAAGGACGAUGAAAACCUGGAUGACGUUGCUAUGAAAGAGUCUGUGAAAGAAUCCAUGUUCUUGGGAUGGUUCGAGGCAAACAAAAAUACGCCGAAGCUCAAUGCUAAUACUAGAAAAUGGUUUCUAAGAAAAUCUCAUGUAGUUAUUGGCCGUAUUUUCUUUGUACCUCCAGAAUCAAGAGAGAUUUACUACCUAAGACUACUUCUAAAUUUAGUUAGAGGACCUACCAGUUAUGAACAGAUUAGAACUAUUGAUGGUGUUGUCUACUCGACAUUUCGAGAUGCUUGCUAUGCAUAUGGACUUUUGACUGAUGAUAAAGAAUACAUAGAUGCUAUAAAGGAAGCAAGUCACUGGGGCUUAGGAGAAUAUUUAAGAAGGCUUUAUGCAACACUAUUGUUUUCUGACUCGAUGGCUAGGCCGGAGCAUGUAUGGAAAGGCAUACGGAGAAUGCUAUGUGAUGACAUUCUUCACCGACAAAGAAGGUUACUUAACAAUCAAGAGUUACAAAUUGUAGAUGAAGAAUUAUGGGAUCUGACGUUGAUAGAAAUUGAAAAACUACUCAAGAGUUAUAACAAGAGCUUAAGAGAUUUUCCAUCAAUGCCAUUACCUAAUAUUGAUACAAGUUUGAUGCAAAUUAUGAAUGGGGGAAACAAUAAGUUGAUUUCUGAUGAGUUUCGGUACGAUAAACAAAUUUCGACUACUGAACAUGAAGUGUAUUUACAAUAA